AUGUUGCAGCUGCCGGGAGCCCAGACGUGCGCUGGGGCGCUCGCGGGCUCUUUCCUUCUGCUACUACUCGUGCUGGUGGUCCGCCAGCUCCUGAGGCAGAGACGUCCAGCGGGCUUCCCCCCGGGUCCUCCGCGGCUGCCAUUCAUCGGCAACAUCUGCUCCCUGGCCCUGUCGGCCGAUCUUCCCCACGUCUACAUGAGGAAGCAGAGCCGGGUAUAUGGCGAGAUUUUCAGUUUAGAUCUUGGAGGCAUAUCAACUGUGGUUCUCAAUGGCUAUGAUGUAGUAAAGGAAUGCCUUGUUCAUCAAAGUGAAAUCUUUGCAGAUAGACCAUGCCUUCCUUUGUUCAUGAAGAUGACAAAAAUGGGAGGCUUACUCAAUUCCAGAUAUGGCAGAGGAUGGAUUGAUCACAGAAGAUUGGCUGUUAACAGUUUUCAUUAUUUUGGAAGUGGCCAAAAAUCUUUUGAAUCUAAAAUCUUAGAAGAAACUUGGUCUUUAAUUGAUGCUAUUGAAACAUACAAAGGUAGACCUUUUGACCUCAAGCAACUGAUAACAAAUGCUGUUUCAAACAUAACUAACCUUAUCCUUUUUGGAGAACGAUUCACUUAUGAAGACACUGAUUUUCAGCACAUGAUUGAGUUAUUCAGUGAGAAUGUGGAACUAGCUGCCAGCGCUCCGGUCUUCCUUUACAAUGCAUUUCCAUGGAUUGGCAUCUUACCUUUCGGAAAACAUCAAAGGCUAUUUAGAAAUGCAGAUGUGGUCUAUGAUUUCCUCUCCAAACUUAUUGAAAAAGCUGCAGUAAAUAGAAAGCCUCAUUUGCCUCAGCAUUUUGUUGAUGCCUAUUUAGAUGAGAUGGAUAAAGGUCAAAAUGAUCCUUUAUGUACAUUCUCCAAAGAGAAUCUAAUUUUCUCAGUGGGUGAACUCAUCAUUGCUGGAACUGAAACUACAACCAAUGUGCUCCGCUGGGCAAUUCUUUUCAUGGCCCUUUAUCCUAAUAUUCAAGGACAAGUUCAUAAAGAGAUUGAUUUAAUUAUGGGACACGACAGGAGGCCUUCUUGGGAAGACAAAUGCAAAAUGCCUUAUACUGAAGCAGUUUUGCAUGAAGUUUUAAGAUUCUGUAAUAUAGUUCCACUGGGGAUUUUCCAUGCAACUUCUGAAGAUGCAGUUGUACGUGGCUAUUCCAUUCCUAAAGGCACAACAGUCAUUACAAAUCUUUAUUCUGUUCACUUUGAUGAAAAGUACUGGAAAGACCCAGACAUGUUCUAUCCUGAGCGAUUUCUGGACAGCAGUGGAUAUUUUACUAAAAAGGAAGCUUUGAUUCCUUUUUCUCUAGGGAGAAGACACUGUCUUGGAGAACAGCUGGCUCGGAUGGAAAUGUUCUUGUUUUUUUCAUCAUUGCUUCAGCAAUUUCAUUUGCAUUUCCCACAUGAACUAGUUCCAAACUUGAAACCCAGGUUGGGCAUGACAUUACAACCCCAGGCCUACCUCAUCUGUGCAGAAAGACGCUGAAAGAGCACAAAUAUAUUGGGAAUAACCUUGUUCAAUCGAUAAUGGUGUUUAGGCCAAAGAUACAGUUUUAAAAAGCCAAAUAAACACAAAUACAUUGCUUAAAA